UAUAGCGGACAUAAUUCAACUGGUAAGGAGCCAAGGAUGAGCUCAGACAUUCAGGAUGACUUUCUGCUAAACGUGUUGUAUUCCUGAGGCAGUAUCCACACUAAGGCUGCGAAGAUUUGACUCCAAAGCGAUCGGACAGCGUCUUACAGUCAUCUGCUAUUUAUAGAAGCUCUUACUUAUUAUUCUGCAUACAGUGCCACACUGCUGUUGCUGCCGCUGCUGCUGCUGCUGUUGUCUGAUACAAGCGAGUGGGAGGCACAGCUUCCUCUGUUUUCCCUCAAAAAAAUGAACAGACAUCUUAUUGGAGCAGCUGCUGAAGGGGUGGAUUUGGCUUCUAGUCUCCUGCAUUGCACAAUCUUUCCCCUCAGCUCGGACAGAUAAAGAAGACAAAAGAAAGGAGCACUGGAAGGGGACGAGGACUGGGAGCGGAGGGGAUAUAUAUGUAUGUAUCCAUAAAGGAAAAGACUAGGAAGAGCCACGGUGAGGUGAAGGGGGUGUGAAAGAAAGCAGAUUACAAAAAAAGGAAGGAAGGGAGAGGUUUAAGUAUGAGGAAAUGAAGAGAGGAAGAGGCAGGCGGAGGAAACUGAAGAUAGAGUGACUACACUGCAGCAGAAUGAGGGUUAGAGUGAAAGCGAGAGCUGGGAAGCAUUUGAGCUCUGCAUCCGUGGCUUUCUGAAGAGGCACGAAAAAGGAAGGCACCGUGGAGGUGAGACGGAGACGGAGGAGGGGGGCUGAGGAGGAGGAAGCCAGAGGUUCUACACACAAGAUGGCUGCUGUGUCCUCUGCCUCUGACACCGGAGACCCCCGGGGCCGCCAUCCCCCAGAGCGCAGAUUGCUGCUCCUCGGGGGUCCACGGUCCGGUAAGACCUCCACUGCCAACACCAUCCUGGGAGAUGAAGUCUUUGAUGGUGGGGCGGAGACUACACACAGCAACGUGGGCCACACUGAGAUCUACGGCCGCCGCGUCACCGUGGUCGACACCCCGCCGUGGGCCAUCCCCGCCGACCCGGAUGACGACGCAGAAGCUGACAACAACGACAACGCAGGGGCCGAGUCAGACAGCCCGCCCCGACCGCCGCCGAGCCUGGACAGCGAGGGCCCGUGCAUGGGGGCCAUUCUCUGCCCUCCCGGACCACACGCUAUCCUUCUGGUGGUGUCGGUCACCCAGCCCUUCACCGAGACUGAGCGGAGGGCUGCGGAGGAGCAGCUCGGCGCCCUCGGGGGAGGAACUUGGAGGUACUCCAUGGUCCUGUUCACCGGGAUAGACAAGCUGCCCAAGGGGGUGUUUAUUGAGGAGCACAUAGCAAACACUGGAGAGGCUCUGCAGUGGCUGGUGGAAAGAUGUGGAAGCAGGUACCACGCCUUUGAUAACACUCGAAAAGAAACAGAAGAAAACACACAAGUACCCGAGCUGAUGGAAAAAGUGGAGGAAAUGAUCACUGACAACCAAGGAUGGUACUUUGAGGUGAAUGAGCUGAUUUUACUGGAAGAAGAACAGGCCCGGAGAGCUCUGGAGGAAGAAAGGAUGAGGAUGGAGGAGCACGCUCGACAGAGGGAGCAGAUGAUCGGAGGACCUCCCAGAGAACUGAGGUUGCUGUUGCUGGGUUGGAAGGGUGUUGGAAAGAGCUCGGUGGGGAACUGCAUCCUGGGCCGCCGCUACUUUGAAUCGGGCCAAGAGACAGAGCUGUGCCUCAGGCGGCAGGCGCUCGUAUCCGGUCGUCGGAUCACUAUUGUAGACACGCCGGGCUGGGACUGGUUCUCGGUGAGGCGAACCCCUAAGCGAAUCCGCCAGGAGUCCCAGCGCGGGGCUGCCCUCCUGCGACCCGGACCCCACACCCUGCUGCUGGUCCUGCCCGUCGUCUCAUCCCUCACCGCCAGGAAGCGGCGAACGCUUGUGGCGCACAUAGAGACUCUGUUUGGCGACAGCGCUUGCCUCCACACCAUGGUGCUGUUCAGCUGUGGUGACUGGCUGGGACGCACGCCCAUUGAGGAGCACAUCCUCAGAGGCGGACGCGAGUUGCAAAGACUGCUGGAAUACUGUGGUAACUAUUACCAUGUACUGGACAGUAAGACACCUGGCAAAGACAGGAGUGUGUCGGUCCUGCUGGAUAAGAUUGAAGAGAUGAUCAGAGAGAACGGCGACAAGGCCUUCCUCCCCAUACAGACAGAGUGGUUGAGCGAGGAGAGCUCCUACUCCUCUGACAACACCGAACCAGAGGACGACUGCCGGGGAUGCCAGCUACAGUGACACAAUCAGACUAAAGGGAAAGGUCUUUUUCCUCCUUGUGAGCUUUUUAACGGGGCAUGAACAUCACCUCAUAAAACUAAAACCUCAUUGAGAUAUCCCUCUCUAACUCUCGAGAGUUUCAGAGACAACAAAGGGUUCAGAUGAGUAGGUCUGGAGAGUGAGACGUUUAAGACGAGCUCCUCAUGCCAAACAGGAGAAGAGAUGUUCUGCUUCGAGCGACCUGAGCUCAAAAACACACCCCGAGCCUGCGAGCAUGUCCACAGAAGUCAGCUGCUGCUAAUCUCUGUAAAUCUUUAUUCCGUCCGCACUGAUCAACUUUGUAUGACGUGUUGCAAAAAAAGGGCAAAAUCCAAACCAAAAAAGUUACACGUUAAAAAAGAAACAAAAACUGCAAUGUCCAGUCAGAUUUGAGGGUGGGAUCACAUGUCAUUAGCAAGUGUUGGAAGAUUGUUCCCUCUGAUGUCAAUCAGUUUGAAUCAGAAAGGAUUGACAAGCAAAAGAAAAAAGGUCAAGUGAAAGGAAGCUACUUAAUACCAAAUCCAAACAUGGACAAAGUGUGCUGGAAAUGCACGCACAACCUUCAGAUGUUUAAAACAGGAGGUAACGCUUGCCUCUCACAUGAGUGAGACUGAAAUGAUCUCCGUUAAAAAUGCAUUCGUCUCUGCUGCUCAGGGAGUCUGAGUUGGAUUAAUUUAAAGAGGGGUAAAAUCUGGCACAGCCACAGAUUAAUGUUGAAUGCUUAAGUGUGGACGCGAGUCACAUGUUAAUCCAAAUUUGGGCCUUUCUCCGAGUGUUUGUUUUAGUUUACCGGGAGCUUAAAGGGAGUGAGUCUUUAAGAACCAACUAAAAAGCGUAAGUACUUUUUAUCACACCUCCGCAUUCAUGCUCAAGAGGAGCUGGGAAGACAGUUUAAGGAAGGCUGUGUCGAAACUUAGCGCAGCCUCAAAUCCCCGUGGAGCACCCGGGCCGGCUCUGCUUGGCUGCUUAUGGUCACGCAUUCAGUGCGUGUAUUGACAAGGCAGAUUCAGCUACGUGCCUCAGCAUCAAAGCGAGACAGCAGGAGCACACCCUGCAGCAGUAGCAGCAGGGCAGUAUCCUAUAGGCUACAUCAAGCUUUCGCAUGCUACAGAAACAGCAUAACCUCAUGAACCACUCAAGCUCUCAUAGGGCUCUUAAAACCUUGUAACUUUUUCUACAUCCUUGAGCUAUCAGACAUCAGUAGUUUAAAAAAAAUACAUAUAUAUAUAUAUAUAUAUAAUAUAAUAUAUAUACAGCCAUCAGAGGCAUGUUAAGACAUAGCAUGCGGAAAAAUGAGUGCCUAUAGAGCUGAAGGCAACCUCACUUCUUGUUCUUCUUGCUUGAAUAAGCGAUUUCUUUGGUAUCACAUCACAUCCUUCUACCUUUACAACUGCAAAAAAAGAAAAGAAGAAAAACGAGGGGAUAAAAUAUAAUUCACCCUCUGAAAUAAAAACAUACACAUAAUAUGUGACCGAUAGCACUGCCAUGCUGUAAAAUGUAAUUUUCUACAAAUGAUGUAGCCUGUAAACGAAUCCGCAGCACUGCUCCCUCUCAACGCUUCAGCAACCUCUGUGCUUCAUCUAGCCACAUAGGCCACCGGCAGCACUUAAGUGUGACACGCAUGACUUUCACAUUUUCAUACGAGGACGUCCCGCGAGUCCCGACCACCUCAGUAUAUCAAAAGUGUAGUAAACAGUGUAAAAUAAUGUACCAUUUUAGGCUCUUAGUGAAGCAUUUUUGCACUGUGUAAGUUCUACCACUUUACUGUAGCCAAAGUGACGUUACUUUCUGUGGUCCCUCUUUAUGUGGAGAUUGCAACAUCAGUACUUUGUUCAUCCUGAGACAGUGAUAAUAAAAGACAUGGAUAUAUUGUUGUGUA